AUGGCUAGGACAGGUGAAAAGCAUCUCAUAGAUACGCUACAUUCAAAUAUUCCGGCAUCAGGACACUUUCCGGAUAUUCCACUAGAUUUGGCAGCACCAAAACGAUUCAAAUUUAUGAUUGAUCAUUUGUUGGCAAGUGGUGUGGAUGAGAAAGCUGAACGAGGAUCAACGAUUGCUGCAGGAAAAAGUCGGAACUACGAUGAUAGUAAGGAUAAUGCAGAAUCAGAAGAAAGUAGCAUGGAACAGUUACCGAAGACAUCACCGCUUCCCGGAAAUUCUCAUAUUCUUCGGCAUAUUACUUGUCGAUUGGAAGGUCGCGAAUUAUGGAAUAAAUUUUAUGAACUUAGCACCGAAAUGAUUAUUACCAAAAGCGGACGACGUAUGUUCCCGACGAUGAAAUUAAGUAUCACCGGUUGUGAACCAAAUGUGUUUUAUUACGUAUUUCUUGAUGUAGUUCCAGUGGAUAAUCGACGUUACCGGUAUAUUUAUAACAAAUCAUCCUGGUUAACAGCUGGUAAAGCUGAACCUACACCUCGUAAUCGACUGUAUAUGCAUCCUGAUUCUCCAUUCAUCGGUGAACAGCUUUGCAAUCAAGUUAUAUCAUUUGAAAAAGCCAAAUUGACUAAUAAUGAAGUUGACAAAACUGGACAUUUAAUUUUAAAUUCAAUGCACAAAUAUCAGCCACGUAUACAUAUUGUGAGACGACCACGUGAAAAGCCUAUUGAACAGGCCUUAACAAUCGAUUUGCACAACGAACAUUACAAAACGUUUCAAUUUAAAGAAACACAAUUUAUGGCUGUUACAGCAUAUCAAAAUCAAUUAAUUACAAAAUUAAAAAUUGAAAAGAAUCCAUUCGCUAAAGGUUUCCGUGAUCCAAAUGGACGCUCACCUGAAUAUGAUAUGGAUAUUCGUAACGAUGGUACACCAAUGUUAUUAUCCAAUUUGUAUAGUCCAGCAAUUAUGCAACAAGCGUUAAUUCAUCAAUAUUGGGCAGGUAAAAUGCAUUCACGUUUUGCAUUGCCACCACAAUUUAUAUCACAAAUGUUUUUUGCAAAUAUUACUGCCAUACCUGUAUCACCAUCAACUUUAUUAUCAUCUUCUUCUACAACUUAUCCGUCACGUUUACAUUUUGAUCGUGAUUUAAUACCAUAUAUCACUAAUACUCCUACAACAACAACUACUACUACCAAUAUAACAACAACAACAAUAACUGCUACCACAACUACUACUACUGCUACAAUUACCGGUGUUACUACAACAAAAUCUCUUAUACAAAAUAGUGAGAAAAGGUUAGUAGACAAUCAACGAACUCCAAUUAUAUCAUAA